AUGCAGUGCCUAUUGCCGGUAUUCUGCUGGUGGUGUGCAGGUUCUACUAAGCCCUCUGAAGAUGACAUUGGCACUUCACCUGGCUAUAAACUCGCGUCCAAAAUGAUGAGGGAAUCCAUCAACUUCUCGGUGGAUCCAUGUCAGGACUUCUAUGAGUUUACUUGCGGUAACUGGAUAAAAAAUAAUCCAAUUCCCGGUCAUCACAUAACUUAUUCUCAAUAUACAAAACUUGGAGAUAAAGUGGAAAAGGAACUAAAAGAGCUGUUUGAAUCACAGGAGAGAUAUGAUUCAAAAGUUAUGAACGGUUUGAAGAUUCAUUACAAGAAAUGUAUGGACAUAAAAGAACAAAAUCGUAUCGGUGCAUGGCAAAUGAUACGGAAACUAAAUAAAUUCGGCGUUUGGCCGAUUUUGCAUGGAGAUGACAAGUGGAAUAGAAAGAAUUUUGAUUUGACUUCAUUGCUUUCAUUCGUUUCACGCCUCCGCCGAGUUGACUUGUUCGUUAAUUACAAGUUAACUACAGACGAGAGAAAUACGUCUCGCCGUCUUCUCGAGUUUACUCAAGGAGGACUCAGUUUGCCGGGAAGGAUCUACUUGAAUAAGUACGCUAAUGGCGACAAGAUCGAUAUAUUCCGAGAGUUUCUUGUUAAAAAAGUUAUGCUGUAUCAAGAAGAUGGCAACUUCUUAACAAACAGAAAGAAGACUGAAAAGGAUGUAGACGAAGUCAUUGAAUUAGAGACAGAUAUAGCAAAGAUUCGCGGUGGGGCUUCCAAUGAGUACAAUCUGCAUCGCUUCGGAAACUUGAGAAAACACAUGCCACUGAUUGACUGGGACCGGUUUUUCCGCGAAGUCGCUCCAGCUGAUGCCCACCCUUACUUCAAAUCAGACCCACUAAUUCUCGUUCGACAACCCGAUUAUUUGAAAAGAUUGAACGAACUCUUGAAAUAUAAGGACCCUCGCAUCAUCACAAACUACGUUUUCUUACGGUUUUCUUCAAUACUAACAAAGGAAAUGGGAGAAAGAUACGAGGACGUCACUCAGGAUUAUAUGCGCGAGAUGUAUGGAAGACAAGAGAAAGCACCGCGGUGGAAGGAAUGUACCAAAAGCACUAAGGAUCUAUUGAAAUACGCAACUGGUGCGAUCUACAUAAAGAAAGCAUUCGACAAGAAAGCUUUGUACAAGGCAGAGAAAAUGCUGGGUCUGGUAGCAUAUCCCGACUUUAUUCUAGAUGCCAAGAAGCUUGACGAACAAUAUGAAGGCCUGAAUAUAGAUGACAAUGAUUCGUACGCUAAACUGAUGGAAAAGGUGGCUCGGUUUGGCAUUAAAUACAUCUUCAAACGAUUGAUGGAAUCAGUAGAUCGCUCUGAAUAUGAUUUCAACCCAGCUGCAGUGAACGGUUACUACUUUACGCUAGCCAACACUAUUAGACUCCCUGCUGCCGUUCUUCAGGCUCCAUUCUUCCACCACACUUUUCCAAGGGCAUUCAACUACGGAGGACUUGGGUCUAUUAUUGGGCACGAAAUCACACACGGCUUUGAUGAUGAAGGACGACAGUUUGAUGCUCACGGGAAUCUUCAAAAUUGGUGGGAUUCGUUUGUGGAGAGGGAGUUUGAAAAGCGGGCUCAGUGCUUCGUCAAUCAGUACAAUAAGAUUGAGGUACCAGGGACCAAUCAAAGGAUCAAUGGUGAACAGACGCUAGGAGAAAAUAUUGCUGAUAAUGGUGGACUCAAAGAGGCUUACAGGGCUUACAAAGCAUAUUUGCAAAGGCAUGGUGGAAAGGAACAGAGGAUUGAAGGCCUCGAAACUUUUGACAACGAUCAGAUGUUUUUCAUAGGCUAUGCUUCGGUUUGGUGUGAGCAUACCACUCAGCAGAGAUUGAUCAACCAAAUUUCUACUGAUGAGCAUUCUCCGGCACGUUAUCGGGUCAAUCAAGUGCUAGCCAAUCAGCCUGAAUUUGCUAGGGCUUUUAAGUGUGGGAGAGGCACUCCGAUGAACCCAAGAUAUUACGAGCGCUGUGCUGUCUGGUAA